GGUUUAUAUGUUGUUCGGAUCGGAAUCAGAGUCGAUCUUGUGUACGGAUCUGUACUAACUUUAUCGGGUCAGCUUUUGUGUGGGUAUGAAUCCGAUCAGCGGCCGUAAUUGUGGAGCGUGGCUUCUCACUUAAGAAUUAUCGGAUUCGGAUUUAGAACAUAUUUGGAUCCGACCCGGCACCAUCUUGCUUUCUUCCCUUCCAAAACUAUAUACCCUUCUACCGUCUCUCCUCUCUAUAUAUAUGAGAGAGGAGGGGAUGCAAGAGGACGUGAUGGGGAAGGGGGAGGAAGAGUUGCGGGGGGCGAUGGUGGGGCGGGUCAUAAACGAGGAGUACAAGAUAUGGAAGAAGAACACGCCCUUCCUGUACGACAUGCUGAUCUCACACGCCCUCGAGUGGCCUUCCCUCACCGUGCAGUGGCUCCCCGGCCGCGAGGAGCCCGCCGGGAAGGACUAUUCCGUCCAGAAGAUGAUCCUCGGCACCCACACCUCCGACGGCGAGCCCAAUUACCUCAUGCUUGCCGAAGUCCGGCUUCCCCUCGAGGACGCCGAGUACGACGCCCGCCAGUUCGACGGCGAGCGCGGCGAUGCCGACAGCUUCGGCGGACCCGGCGGCAAGGUGCGAAUAGUUCAGCAAAUAAAUCAUGAUGGAGAGGUUCACCGAGCUCGCUACAUGCCACAAAAUCCUUCUAUAAUUGCAACAAAGACAGUCAAAGCGGAGGUCUAUGUUUUUGACUCUAGCACACAUCCAUUAAAACCUCCAUUAUUUGGUGCAUGCAGCCCUGAUUUGAGGUUGAGCGGUCAUCUCUCUGAAGGAUAUGGUUUAUCCUGGAGCCAGUUUAAGCAAGGACAUCUGCUGAGUGGUUCUGAUGAUGCUCAAAUAUGCUUGUGGGAUAUUAAUGGUACUCCUGAAAAUAAGGCCCUUGAUGCUCUUCAUAUUUUUAAGGUACAUGAUGGUGUUGUUGAGGAUGUUGCUUGGCACUUGAAGCAUGAAGACCAUUUUGGUUCAGUCGGUGGUGAUCGUCGUCUGUGCUAUUGGGAUGUGAGGACACCAAGAAACAAGCCAGUUACAUCUGUUAUUGCUCAUCAAGGUGAUGUUACCUGCUUGGCAUUCAACCCCUUCAAUGAAUGGGUCGUGGCAACAGGCUCUGCUGAUAAAACUGUCAAGUUAUUUGACCUUCGUAAACUUGAAAAUGCUGUAUACACAUUGGACUGGCACAAAGAGCAAGUUUUCCAAGUUGGUUGGAGUACAAAAAACGAGACUAUUCUUGCAUCUUCUUGUAUUGGUAGGAGGCUCAUGGUGUGGGAUCUUAGCAGGUACAACGACGAACAAACGCCAGAAGAUGCAGAUGAAGGCCCAGCAUCAUUGCUGUUCAUCCAUGGUGGCCACACAAGCAAGAUACCAGAUUUCUCUUGGAAUCCCAGUGAGGAUUGGGUCAUUGCCAGUGUUGCCGAAGACAACAUACUUCAGAUAUGGCAGAUGGCAGAAAGCAUGUACCUUGAUGAAGAUGGUUUGCCAGGAAACGAAUCUCCUUAAGCCUCUUAGAUCACACAUCCACCAUCUGAAAUCAGUAACCAUGUCGAAAAGGACUGGUAAAUUAUAGACCAACAUUGCCUGCCUCUUAUUUGUAACUGCAGUCAGUGUUUGUUUCUUUGUAUUUGUAUCUCUGCCUUUGAUAUAUAUUAGAUCUCUUUGUGGUA